UAAAUGGCUAGAAUAUUUUGGCUGGAAAUGUUUCAACCUGGAGAAUUCGAAUUGCAUGCUACGUGCAAUGGAAUUUUCAUUUUAUAUUUAAUAACAUUUUAUAUUUCUUUCAACAUGGACAUACAUUUAAAAUUUCAGAUCGUAGGUAAACAUGCAGAAAAAUAAACCAACGCGUAAAAAAAGCCAACCAGCACCGUCAACGUCGGAUGUUAAACUUCCAAAGAUUCCAAGGAUUAAAAUGCCAGAUGAUUUUAAAAUACGAACACAACCACUGUUUUCACUCCCUGAAGAGGUCUUGAAAUUGCCUCACCCAAAGACAAAGGCUGCGAAAAUACAGGCAUCUAAAACGUCUGUCAGGAAGAAGUCUAGUGUAAUGCAAAGUUUUACGGCAAUGAGAAAGGCCCGAGAGGAGUUCAGGGCAAAGUUGAUGAAUUUGAUUUGUCAAUCCGCGCCAGGGGAGGACGGGGAUUCAAUACCCUCAGCUGAGGAGAAGAAUAUGCUUAGAUAUUAUUAUUAUCUACGUUAUGGGAUUGAUACAAUUCAUGUUGCGCCCCUUGAUAACAAAAUUAUUCUACGGGUACACAAUUUAAUACCGGCAAAACUGAAAAAAUGGAAAGACACACUUUUUACGAGUACUGAUGAGAUGAGAGAAGAUUUCAUGAUGAGUAUGAAGAAAGCAAUCGUCGACUUUGUCUUGAAAGAUCCUAAUACGGAGGAAUCUCUGGAAGAAGAAGACACACCAUUAAAACAGGAGCUGGCAAAGAAAGAUGAUGCGUGGCGAAACCGUUAUGCCAUAGCCAAGAAGUUUGUGACGAAGAACCUUCAUAGUGUUAACCCUUGCAUUGCACAGGUGCUGCAGAUAUGGUGGAAACAAUUCAACGAUCUACGUCUAAUAAGCAUGAAGGAUAUAAAGAUGACGAACGAAGCUUAUGAACUACAGGAUUUCUGUUUUGUAAGCAAGAGACACAUUGAGGCCGCAGGGAACGUGCUCUCUAUGCAGUGGAUACCCACUGUACAGGCUGUUUUUCUUCAGGGUAGUAAAAAGCGGCAAAUCCCAGAACCAAAGCAGGUGUCGAAAAUGAAACAUUUCUACAAUUGCCUCGCGUGUAUUAUGGCGUACAAUUUGCAGACACUCUGCCUGAAAUCUAUGAAGGAUUUCACCGAAUAUAUCAUUGAUGUUGGGGGUAUGAACCAAGGAUUCGUAAUAAAUCUGACAUUCGCGAAUGAAGCUAUACAGUUCGAGCCGUCUUUCAAGCAGUUCAGAGAUCAGCUGUGUCUUCUAUAUGACUUCAUAAUAGAUGCGUGCAGACAAUGUCCAAGACUUGAGACUCUGCUGUACCAGGACUAUGUGAUAACGAGUAGAGUUACAUUACGUCCCGUUAUUGAUAACGAUUUGGUAGAGGGUUAUAAGAAACUCGUAACAGAUCUAAUAAAUGAACAAAGGAUUGGACCCGAAUUGAGAGUUCAGGAUUUUGAUGAUUACGUCUGUUUGCUUAAUGGGGUGUCAUCAUCAAAAGUAGAAAACUUUAUCAAAGCGAUACCAGAGAAGACUUUCGAAGAGUUUUGUGCUGAAGCAGUCAAAUAUGUGACUCUUGCGAGAGAGAUACCUUCGAAACUCGAAGGGACAAUAGUGAUUGGUAUGUUUCGGAUGCAAAGGGCGGAUCUUAUUACUUCUUUAAGAGGUGCGGCGACGAGACUUGCAAAUACUUUACUUAGACGUAUGACGGAAGAUUACCAGAAUAUGAUUAGAUCUAUAUAUGACGAAUACUCUACAAUUGCGAAUACUUUAUUAACACCUCCCCCGGAUACAGCUGCUUUAAUGGAACUAAUAGCCUAUAUAAAGAAAGUUGAGGAUGUUUUGUUAGACGAUAUGGAAGAUAAAUUACGAAAUGUUUUGCGGUACAUAAUUUUCCUAGGCGAUUAUACGGUGUUCACACCGUUGGAGAUGAAGGCGAACAAUCAGAGUUUUCAUUGGUACGCUCGUAUGCCAAGUGUCAUUGAGGAAAGCAAGGUUAUAUGCGAUCAGAAGAAAAUUGAGUAUCAAGAAUUGUUGAAGGUUCGUAUUGCCAAAUUCAUUGAUGAUUUGGAUGUGUACGAAUUGCAAUCAAAUGAACUUCAAUAUUGGGGAGACAUAAAUGAAUUAUCUAAAUAUGUCACGCGGGCUCGCCGGCUGGACGAAAAAUUGUCAAUGGCGCUAGUGAAAAUAGACCAAUUUAAUGAAGAGGAAACAUCAUUUGGUUGGGAGGUCUCUCAGUACCCCAAGAGGAAAUCUGUCUAUGACAGGCUCGUGCCAUUUAAGAAAUUAUUCGACGCCGGCUAUGAUUUUCUUGAAAAGCAUCAUCUUUGGAUGAAAUCUAGAGUGGGUAGCUUUGACCCAGAAGAUAUAGAAGGAGAUGUGAGUUAUUUCUACAAAAUCGUAUAUAAGCUGGAGAAAUCGUUCCAAGAAGUUCCUGCUACAUUUGAACUUGCUCAAUCUGUACGUCACAAAAUGGAAGAGUUCAAGACAAAUAUGCCCAUCAUUCAGACGUUGGGUAAUCCGGGCAUGAAACCACGACACUGGGAGAAAGUAUCUGAAAUCGUGGGCUUCCCAAUAGUAGUCGAUGAAGAGUUGUCACUAGAAAAAGUUAUUGAUUUCAACUUAGUAGAUUACAUUGAGAAGUUUGAGAGUAUAUCGGAAGCUGCGACUAAAGAAAAUAACUUAGAAAAGGCUCUCGAUAAGAUGAUGAAAGAAUGGGCUGAUCUUAAGUUCGACAUACUGCCAUACAAAGAUACAGGAACAUAUAUUUUAUCAAGUGUGGAUGAGAUACAGUUGCUGUUGGAUGAUCACAUCGUCAAAACACAGACGAUGAAGAACUCGCCUUAUAUUAAACCAUUUGAAGAGAUUAUUUAUGACUGGGAAGGAAAGUUGGUCCUCCUACAAGAAAUUCUUGAUGAAUGGCUCAAAGUGCAAGCGACUUGGAUGUACUUAGAGCCCAUAUUCUCUUCACCAGAUAUUCAGCAGCAGAUUCCAGAGGAGGGUCGCAGAUUCAGUGCUGUUGAUAAAAUGUGGCGUGAAAUAAUGAAAGCCGGAUUUACGGAACCUCGCGUUCUAGACGUGAUAAAGAUAGAGAAAAUGCUGGACCGGUUAAAGAAAUCCAAUAAUCUAUUGGAAAUGGUACAACGAGGGCUCAACGCUUAUUUGGAGAAGAAGAGAUUGUACUUCCCAAGAUUCUUCUUCCUGUCUAACGAUGAACUGUUGGAGAUCCUGUCGGAGACCAAGGAUCCGAUGCGUGUCCAACCUCACCUCAAGAAGUGUUUCGAGGGCAUAGCAAAAUUGUCGUUCACAGAGGAAAUGGUCGUAACUCAUAUGCGGUCUUCUGAAGGAGAAAUUGUAGAACUCACUAUAACCAUCAAUACUGCUGCUGCUAGAGGCCAAGUAGAAAAAUGGUUGCUAGAACUAGAAGUAUCAAUGAAAUCUUCAGUACACCAUUGUGUAGCAUUAUCGUAUGAUGACUAUUUGAAGAGACCCCGAGAGAAUUGGGUUCUCAUUUGGCCCGGACAAGCGGUACAAUGCAUAGCAAUGACUUUUUGGACGUCAGAGGUAACAGAAGCCAUACACAUAAACGUCAAAGCCAUGAGAGCAUAUUGGGACAAGUGUAAUUACCAGAUAUCCAAAAUUGUGGAUUUGGUGAGAGGUGAACUGAGUCUCCAGAAUCGGAUUACGCUGGGCGCUCUGGUAGUGUUAGACGUCCAUGCUCGAGACGUAUUGAUGGAGUUAAUUGAUUUCAAUGUUCAACAAGAUAACGACUUCAACUGGCUCUCACAAAUUCGUUAUUACUGGGAGCAAGAGGAAGACCUGAGCUGGCAAGUGGCCACAAGGAUGAUAAACUCCCAGUUAAUGUACGGUUAUGAAUAUUUGGGUAAUACGGGACGUUUAGUCGUAACUCCACUUACAGACAGGUGCUUUAGAACUCUGUUUGGGGCGCUGCAUCUUAAUCUUGGAGGAGCACCAGAAGGCCCAGCUGGAACUGGUAAAACAGAAACAACAAAGGAUUUGGCAAAAGCCGUAGCCAAACAGUGUGUUGUAUUCAAUUGUUCAGAUGGGUUGGACUAUAUUGCGCUUGGGAAAUUCUUCAAGGGUCUGGCAUCUUGCGGAGCAUGGUCAUGUUUCGAUGAAUUCAAUCGAAUAGAUUUAGAAGUAUUAUCUGUGGUUGCGCAACAAAUCCUUUCAAUUCAGCGCGGUAUCAACUCUGGCUCAACGGAACUUUUGUUUGAAGGAACUCUAUUGCAUUUGGAUAAGAGUUGUGCCGUGUUCAUCACUAUGAAUCCUGGUUAUGCCGGGAGAUCCGAAUUGCCUGAUAAUUUAAAGGCAUUAUUCCGUUCCGUGGCCAUGAUGGUACCGGAUUACGUUUUAAUAUCAGAAAUAGAGUUGUACGCUUUCGGAUAUCUGAAUGCUAAACCUUUAGCGGUGAAGAUUGUAGCCACAUACAGGCUCUGUUCAGAACAGCUCUCAUCACAGAGUCACUAUGAUUAUGGAAUGCGAGCUGUAAAAUCAGUAUUGCGAGCAGCUGGUGCUUUGAAACUUCGUUAUCCCGACGAAGAUGAAGAUGUGAUACUGUUGAGAUCAAUCAAAGAUGUCAACUUGCCCAAGUUCUUGGAGCACGAUGUACCGCUAUUUAUGGGUAUAAUCGGAGAUCUGUUCCCUGGUCUUCCAUUACCACAGGCUGGUCUUCCACAUCUCGUGGCGUGUCUUAAGGAAGUCUGCGUGCCUCUUAAUUUGCAGGCCAACGAGUUCUUUGUUGAAAAGGUUUUACAAUUGUACGAGAUGAUUCUGGUCCGACAUGGUCUUAUGCUGGUAGGUUUUCCCUUCUCAGGGAAAACUAAAUGUUAUCAUGCGCUUGGGCAUGCUUUGGCAGCUGUAUCGGAGAAGGGUCUUAUGGAUGAGAACGCAGUGGAAUGGACAGUGAUAAAUCCAAAGUCGAUAACAAUGGGCCAAUUGUACGGACAAUUUGAUCCCGUGUCCCACGAAUGGUCUGACGGUAUCUUGGCUGUUAGUUACCGGGCCUUUGCCGUCUCUAUUAAUAAUAACAGGAAAUGGCUAGUUUUUGAUGGCCCGGUAGACGCUAUAUGGAUAGAGAAUUUAAACACGGUAUUAGAUGAUAAUAAGAAAUUAUGUCUCAUGAGUGGUGAGAUCAUACAACUGGCUCCAACAACCAAUUUAAUUUUUGAGCCAAUGGACUUGGAGGCAGCCUCACCAGCUACCGUCUCCCGCUGCGGUAUGAUUUAUAUGGAACCCAAAGGACUGGGUUGGAAGUGUCUUUUGGAGUCUUGGCUUAACACGCUCCCAUCGACAUUACACGGAUUUAAUAAGAACAUUAUACGUGCAUUGUUUAAUAGAUUUAUGUCGCCGUUGUUAUGGCUUGUUGAAUAUUCUGGGAAAGUUAAGCAAAUGUAUGUCACAUCCCGUUCUAAUUUGGUUGUUGCGUGUAUGAAUUUAUUUGAUACAUUUAUGGACGACUUCUACGACGAGAAAUAUAUUGAACAGAUUUCGGAUCUCGAUAUUCGGGCGCAACUAGAGGGUGUAUUUUUCUUUUCGUGCAUUUGGUCGAUUGGAGCAACUCUGGAAGCUGACAGUCGGGAAAAAUUCGACAUGCUUUUCCGAGGCUUGCUCGAAAAGGAAUUUCCUCAAAAGAUUAUAGAACUGUUGAAUUACCCCCGAGAAAUACAGAAGCCAGAGAAACAAUACAUAUUUGCUCUGCCAAAGGAAGGACUUGUGUAUGACUAUCGAUUUAUUAAAGAGGGUAAGGGUAAAUGGAAACCCUGGCAGGAUGACGUGGUAUCAGCUCCCCCAAUCAGCAGGGACACUCCACCUAACCAGAUUCUUGUGACCACCCUGGAUAGCGUCAGAUAUUUGGCCUUGUUUAAAUUGCUGGUAAUGCACCACAAGGCUGUUAUGAUGGUUGGACCAACGGGGACUGGGAAGUCUUCGUAUAUUAUCGAUUUCUUAGUCAGACGCGUUGACACGAAAGUGUAUAAGGCGCUUAUAAUGGCGUUCUCGGCUCAAACAAAUUGUAACCAAACACAGGAUAUUAUAAUGGGAAAACUGGAUAAGCGAAGAAAAGGUGUUUUUGGUCCACCUAUCGGUUGUUACUGCGUAGUAUUUGUGGAUGAUGUAAGCAUGCCACAAGCGGAAACGUACGGUGCACAGCCGCCCAUAGAAGUACUGAGGCAAGGCAUUGAUUUAGGACUCUGGUACGAUAGAAAAACAAAUGUUGCUAUGCAUUUGAUUGAUGUACAGUUCAUGUGCGCGAUGGGAAAACCGACGCCUGGUGCCAAGUUGAUCACGCCGCGUUUUUCAAGACACUUUUCGUUCUUUUGUAUCGACGAAUUUGAUGACGAAACAUUGCAAGUUAUCUUUGGCCGGAUUAUGUUGUGGCAUCUGGAUACAAGAGGGUUCUCGAAAGACUUCGAUCCCUGCAUCGAUGAGAUAGUGGCAGGGACACUUGAGGUGUACAAGGAGUGUCGUCUUAACCUCCUGCCGACGCCCUCCAAAUCUCAUUAUACAUUCAACUUACGAGAUUUCUCCAGAGUCAUUCUGGGUGUCCUACUAUCAGUGCCGGAAGUGACACCAGGCCUCCAAUCCAUCAAACGUCUCUGGGUACACGAAUGUUUGAGAGUCUUUUCUGACCGUUUGGUUGAGGAAAAGGACCGACAGUGGCUUGUCACUUGUUUGAGAGAAGCUACGGCUAAAUGCCUUAAUGAUGACUUUGAUAAGAUGCUUGGAAGACUUCUUGAUAAUCCCAAAGAUAAGAUAACAGAUCUACAUCUUCGUAAUUUGAUAUACUGUGAUUUUGCAAAUCCCAAAGUUGACACUCGUUUCUAUAUGGAGACUACAAAUAUGGACCAUUUGAACUCAACUGUCGAUGCCUUCCUCGUCGAGUUCAAUAAUAUGUCUAAGAAGCCGAUGAAUCUUGUACUGUUUAGGUUUGCGAUAGAACACGUAUCACGUAUUUGUCGAGUGCUAACUCAGCCGCGGUCUCACGCACUCUUAGUAGGACUUGGUGGUUCCGGACGACAGUCCUUGACAAGGCUGGCUGCUCACAUCAACGAAUACGAUCUAUUUCAGGUAGAAAUGAGUAGAACAUACGGUAAGACAGAGUGGAGAGAAGAUUUAAAGACGUUGCUACGAAAGUCCAGUACUCCAGACUUACACAUGGUGUUUCUGUUUAUUGAAUCACAGAUAAAAGAAGAAGGAUUCCUCGAAGACGUCAAUAACAUGUUGAAUUCGGGAGAAGUGCCGAACAUAUUUGGUGCCGAUGAGAAAGCGGAGUUGUGUGAGAAAAUGCGAGUGAUCGAUCGACAAAGGGACAAAUCCCUACAAACGGACGGCACGCCGACAGCGUUGUAUGCGUAUUUCGUAUCCAUAGUUCGAGAUCAAUUACAUAUAGUACUAGCAAUGUCUCCCGCUGGAACAUCGCUUAGGACAAGAAUAAGAAAAUUCCCCUCGCUUGUCAAUUGUUGUACUAUAGAUUGGUUCCAGGAAUGGCCACCCGAUGCCUUGCUAGCUGUAGCGACACGAUUUUUAAAAGAAGUUGAACUGACUGAUCUCGAACGAGAAACAGCCAUAAAACUGUGCCAAAUAUUCCACACGGACACACAGCAGCUUACGCGAGAAUUCCUCUUAAGAUUGAAAAGAUACAACUACGUGACGCCCACCGCAUACUUGGAACUUAUUAACAUGUUCAAGUCUUUGUUAGGGAAAAAGCGAACAGAGCUAUUAACAAGCGAAAAGCGCUACAUUACGGGCUUAGAUCAAUUAGCAAUAGCGGCAAAAUCGGUAGCAGCGCUACAGCAAGCGCUGGAAGUGCUGCAGCCGAAACUAGCGGCUGGUGCAGCGGCUGUAGCAGAAACAACUGCUAAAGUGGAGAAAGAGAAAGAGGGAGUGGCGUUGGUAGAAGCUGAAGUUCUUGUCGAUCAAGCCGCUGCUGAAGAACAGGCGAAAGAAGCCCAAGGUAUCAAAGACGAGUGUGACGCAGAUCUGGCUGAAGCCAUGCCGAUCCUCAACUCUGCGCUAGCGGCUCUGGAUACUUUGACUCCUCAAGAUAUCACUUUUAUUAAAACCAUGAAGAGUCCUCCCAGAGGCAUCAAACUUGUGAUGGAAGCUAUUUGUAUAUUGAAGGAAAUUAAACCCGACAAGAUACCGAAUCCAUCUGGAGUAGGUACGAUAGAAGAUUUCUGGGGGCCAUCAAAGAAAGUCCUCAACGAUAUAAAGUUUCUUGAAUCCCUACAAAAUUACGAUAAAGAUAACAUACCUCCACCGGUGAUGAAGAAAUUGAUGACCACUGUGAUGCAAGAUGAUGGAUUUGUACCAGAAAAGAUACGAGCUGUCUCUGUUGCUGCUGAAGGCAUGUGCAAAUGGGUCAUUGCAAUGACAAAGUAUGACAAGGUGGCCAAAGUAGUGGCCCCGAAGAAGCAACGUUUGGCAGCGGCGCAGGCUGUUUACGAUAAGGCUAUGGCUGCUUUAGCUGUCAAGCAAGCUCAACUCCGAGAGGUACAAUUGAAAUUAGGAAAAUUAGAAGACGCAUUAUCAGAACAGAGCCGCCAACAAAAGAUGUUGGACGAUGAAGUGAUGGAUUGUAGUAAUAAAUUAAAGCGAGCCGAAAUGCUUAUAUCGGGCUUAGGGGGUGAAAAGACUCGAUGGACACAAAUAGCUAAAACCUUGAGAGAUACGUACAAUUCACUGACGGGCGAUAUUUUAAUUGCUGCGGGAGUGAUCGCAUAUUUGGGUCCUUUUACGGCAGCAUUCAGAUUUGAACAAAUAAGGAAAUGGGCCCGCGCCUGUCACGAUUGUGGUAUUGUGUGUACAUUGAACUUUAGUUUAAUCAAAGUUUUGGGUGAACCCGUAACUAUACAGCAGUGGAAUAUUGAUGGACUGCCCUCCGACGAUUUCAGUGUUGAGAGUGCUAUUAUUAUUAUGAACGCCCGUCGCUGGCCACUAAUGAUUGAUCCCCAAGGACAAGCGAAUCGAUGGAUUAAAAAUAUGGAGAAACCGAAUAAUUUGUGCGUUUGCAGAAUGACUCAGGCUGAUCUCGGAAGGGUUUUGGAAAAUGCUGUUCAGUUUGGGCAGCCGGUAUUGUUAGAAAAUGUUCUUGAGGAAUUAGAUCCAAUGUUGGAGCCAUUGCUACAGCAACAGACUUUCCGUCAAGGUGGUGCGCUUUGCAUCAAAAUUGGAGACACGAUUGUUGAAUAUAGCAAAGAUUUCAAGUUAUAUAUUAGCACAAAGCUGGCUAAUCCCCAUUAUCUACCUGAAGUUGGUGUAAGAGUCACUCUUGUGAACUUCAUGUUGGCCAAAGAUGGUCUUCAAGCGCAACUUUUGGCGAGGGUAGUUGCAAGAGAGAGACCGGAUUUGCAACAGGCAAAAGCAGAUCUAACAACACAAGGCGCAGAACAUAGAAGAUUAUUGCAGGAGAUUGAGAAGAAGAUCCUUAAUGUUCUAUCUACAUCUGAACACUUGCUAGAAGAUGAAGAGGCUGUACAGAUUUUAAAUUCGGCGAAGGAUACGUCAAAUGAGAUAAAAGAGAAACAAGAAGUUGCAAUGAUUACUGAGAAAGCGAUAGACACAGCGAGAGAUGACUAUGUACCUAUAGCGGUUCAUUCUACUAACUUAUUUUUCCUCAUAGCAUCUCUAGCGAACAUAGACCCGAUGUAUCAGUACUCAUUGGGCUGGUUCGAGGGUUUAUUUACAAGCUCAAUUGAUAACACGGAAAAAGUUGAAGAAAUACCAGAACGGCUGGACAUACUACGAGCCCACUUUACAUAUUCGCUCUACGCUAAUAUUUGCAGGAGUUUGUUUGAGAAGGAUAAAAUUGUGUUUUCUUUACUCUUGACGAUCACGAUAAUGGUGGCGGAGGGCAGAUUGGAUCGCGGACACGUAAUGUUCUUGUUGGGCGGCGCCCAGCCGAGGCACGUACAACCAAAUCCUGUUGCUUUUCUUAGCCCGCAAGCUUGGGGAGAGUUUAAUUCACUAAACGAAAUGGAGAGAUUUAGUGGUAUUCUAAACCAUUUUGUUACAAACCUUCCGGCGUGGGAGGUUUACUGCGAUACGCCCGACCCUCAAAACCAGCCUCUGCCUGAACCUUGGAAUACCAAAUUGGAUAUGUUUGAGAAAAUGAUGGUUCUCCGUUGUAUGAGGUUUGAUAUGAUGGUACCAGCUGUGCAAAACUUCUGCGAAGCGAAAAUGGGUCGACAGUUUGUUGAACCGCCAUUGUUUGAUUUGGGAUCGUCUUACUCGGACUCCCACUGUUGUAUACCACUAUUAUUUGUUUUGACCCCUGGCUCGGAUCCUAUGGGUACACUUCUUAAAUUUGCUGAUGAUCAGGGUUUUGGGGCAUCCCGGCUGUUUUCGUUAUCGUUGGGACAGGGCCAAGGGCCAAUAGCCGUAAAGUUGAUUGACGAAGGUGUACGCAGCGGCACGUGGGUUGUUUUACAAAACUGCCAUUUGGCAAAGAGCUGGAUGCCAAUGCUUGAAAAGAUUUGCGAAGGCCUCACGCCGGAUUCCACCCAUCCAGACUUCAGACUUUGGCUAACGUCAUAUCCGGCGGAUCAUUUCCCCGUUUACGUGCUACAGAAUGGUGUUAAAAUGACUAAUGAACCACCUCAAGGUCUCCGAGCAAAUAUAGCUCGUUCAUACCAAAGCGAUCCGAUAAACGAUCCAGAAUGGUUCGAAGGGAACAAACAACCUGAUACAUUCAAAAAGAUGUUGUUUGCUCUGUGUUUCUUCCACGCUGUGAUUCAAGAGAGAAGGCAGUUUGGACCAUUGGGCUGGAAUAUCCGAUAUGAGUUUAAUGAAACUGAUUUGAGGAUCAGCGUCACCCAACUUUAUAUGUUUCUUAAUGAAUAUGAUGAUGUGCAAUUUGUUGCUUUGCGGUACUUAACUGGUGAGUGUAACUAUGGAGGUCGAGUUACUGAUGAUUGGGACCGACGGUGUCUUAACACGAUACUAUACAAGUUCUACAAUCCCAGAACUGUUGACGAGGAGAAAUAUCCUCUGGACCCCACUGGUAUAUACCACAUACCAACACUACGCGAGCAUUCAGAUUUCAUUUCAUUUGCUCGCUCAUUGCCCGUCGCCACACCUCCUUCAGUAUUCGGUUUCCACUCCAACGCUGACAUCACGAAGCACUUCCGUGAGGCUGAGGAGCUUUUGAGUACGGCUAUAUUGACUCAGGAUCGUACGGAUCUCCUCAAAGAAUAUUUGGACACGAUGUCGGCUGGUGGAGCAGGUGUAACACCAGAACAACAAGCCAUGGCCAUAGCGGAGGAUAUCCUCGCUCGACUACCGAAACAGAUAUUAACGGGACCAUCCCAUGAAGGAGAUAUAAAGCCUGCUGAUAUGACUCCAAUGUCAAUCGUCGUGAUUCAAGAGGCAGCCAGAUAUGAUAGACUUGUUAACGUUGUCCGAAGUAGCUCAAGAGCGGUUAUCGGAGCGGUUCAAGGUGUAAGUGUACUAACGGACAUAACAGAAGAGGUACUGACCAGUAUGGUGCGUGGACGCAUUCCUAAUCUAUGGGCUGGCAAAAGCUACCCAUCAUUGAAGCCGCUAUCAGCAUAUUUUGAUGAUUUGCUUGCAAGAUUAGCAUUUUUGCAGCAUUGGCAUCAAUAUGGUCCACCUGUUGUGUUCUGGUUGUCGGGUUUCUAUUUCCCGCAAGCCUUCCUCACUGCCGCACAGCAGAGUUACGCAAGAAAGUACAAAAUUCCUAUUGAUCAGCUCGCAUUCCACUACGAGGUGCAACGCACUGUUACGCUAGAAGAACCACCAGAUGAAGGUGUUUAUAUUCGCGGACUUUUCAUGGAAGGAGCUCGAUGGAAUAAUGAAGACUACUACAUAGACGAAUCACAUCCCAAGCUACUUUACGAUGACUUUCCGCCGGUAUGGCUUAUCCCCCUAAAGCGUGAAGAUAUACCUCAAGAUGUAUUUUACAACUGCCCGCUCUAUAAGACGGGUGAUCGACGCGGCGUUCUCUCAACGACUGGCCAUUCUACUAACUAUAUUCUUUUUAUGCGACUACCCACAUCUAAACCGCCUGAUCAUUGGAUUAUGCGAGGUGUUGCUCUACUUACACAAUUACCUUUUUAAACAUUAGUUUUAUUCGUUUUAUGAUUACUAAUCUUUGAAUUUUAGUCUAUAUAAACUUAGAAUAGAUAGAUAUUUAAUAAAUAAAAUUAUGUAUUGCCUUUGUUAUUCUUCAGACAAUAACAACUUAACAACAAUAACAACAGUAUUUGGUGAAAUUUAGCGCGUUUACAUACAUGAGCAAAAUAUUCUCAGUUAAACAGAUGUAAGAAUUAACCUGAUAUUCUGACAAAUUAACUUUACUGAAUUAAACAUGUAUUUAUUUACCAGGACUAUACUGAGCAUGAAAAAUAGAUUUUAUUUUAAAAAACUGCUAAUUAUACUGUUGUUACGUACUAUGUUUGGCCUUAUUAUAUACAAAUUUAAUACGGUUUAUUCAUACACAAGCAUGGAAAACUUUGAUAUUUAGGCAGUUAUUAAAUGUUUAAAAAUAGCACAAACCUGCCGAAGUUUUGAGCUGCACUUGAAAUGUUUUUGAGAGCUUUUUGUGAUGCUUAACAUUAUCGUGUUAUAAUUAUUGUAACUUUUAUUAGAAUAUGAUUUAAUUUCUUAGUUUUAAUGAGAAAUAAAUAAUUUAUCUUC